UAUGUAAAAAAAAAGGAACCGCUCCAUGCUCAUCGGGCAAGCAUCAGCCAGCCAUCGAUGUGCGCACUAAGCUGUGGUGCAGAGCAAACGUCUGUAGCAGCAAAUUAGCGGCAAGUACACAUACAAGCAGGUGAUCGUUCCUUGUGACCGCACGGCAAGAACGUGCAUUCCAUUUUGUACGUACUUGAGUAUAUCCACAUGCGAUGGGAAAACAAAAAUCUUUUAAGAAGGGGAAGAAAAAGCAGGAGCCCGAAGAAUAUACUGAUGAUGUUUACGAAGAGGAUGACGGUAACGGAGAUGGAGUGCCUGCUGCUGCGAGUCAGAAGUUAGCCGAAGCAUCUGUUGAAGAUGAAUUUGGUGCAAAGGAUUACAGGUCACAGAUGCAGCUUAGACCUGACCAUGAAUCCAGGCCGCUCUGGGUGGCUGCUGAUGGGCACGUCUUUCUGGAAGCCUUCUCGCCCGUAUACAAGCAUGCCCACGAUUUCCUGAUUGCCAUCUCAGAGCCUGUGUGCCGACCACGCCACAUACACGAAUACAUGCUAACGUCGUAUUCGCUGUACGCCGCGGUUUCUGUGGGUCUUCAGACCCAGGACAUCAUUGAGUACUUGCGGCGUCUCAGCAAGACGAGCAUACCUGAUGGCAUCAUCGAAUUUAUUAAGCUGUGUACAGUGAGCUACGGGAAGGUGAAGCUCGUCCUGAAACACAAUCGUUACUUCGUUGAGAGCCCUUAUCCUGAGGUGCUGCAGAAAUUGCUCAAGGAUCCAAAAAUUCAGCAAUGCAGACUUCGUAGAGACGCUGAAGGUGACACCGAUCUCACAGUUGUAGCUGGUCAGAGUGACAAAGGUGUCACACCAUUCGGGAGGAUUGGGGCAGAUGCUAAUGGCGAGAACAAUCCCGAGGAGCCGACAACUCAGAAAGGGGUACCUGAAGAUAUUUAUGAUUUCUAUGAGAAGAUGGAGAAGGAUGAUGAUGAUGUUGAAGAAUCGAAACUCGUUUCAUUCGAAGUAAUUCAGGACCAGAUCGAAAACCUUCAAAAGAGGUGCAUCGAGCUGGAGUACCCUUUGCUUGCAGAGUAUGACUUCAAGAAUGACACUGUCAAUCCCGACAUUCACGUGGAUCUUAAACCUUCCGCAAUCCUGAGGCCAUACCAAGAGAAGAGCCUCCGCAAGAUGUUCGGAAAUGGCAGAGGAAGGUCCGGCGUCAUUGUGUUGCCCUGCGGGGCUGGAAAGUCUCUAGUAGGAGUGACUGCGUGCUGCACAGUGAGAAAACGUUGCCUCGUGCUCUGUAACUCCGGCGUAUCUGUCGAACAGUGGAAGGCACAGUUCAAAAUGUGGUCUACUGCUGACGACAGCGUGAUCUGUAGAUUUACUUCGGAGGCGAAAGACAAACCAAUGGGUUGUGGAAUUUGUAUCACAACAUACUCGAUGAUUACGCACACCCAACGUCGUUCCUGGGAAGCCGAGCAAGUAAUGACGUGGCUCAAAGAGCAGGAGUGGGGACUCAUGCUGCUCGAUGAGGUGCACACCAUUCCAGCUAAGAUGUUCAGGCGGGUACUGACAAUAGUGCAGGCCCACUGCAAGUUGGGCCUCACUGCCACGCUCGUGCGGGAAGACGACAAGAUUCAGGACCUCAACUUUCUCAUCGGACCAAAACUUUAUGAGGCCAACUGGCUGGAGCUUCAGAAUGGAGGAUACAUCGCUAAGGUGCAGUGUGCAGAGGUCUGGUGCCCGAUGACACCAGAAUUUUACAGGGAAUACCUGGCAGCUAGAAGCAGUAAGAAACUGCUUCUCUUUGUCAUGAACCCGAACAAGUUCAGAGCAUGCCAGUUCCUCGUCAGAUUCCACGAACGUCGCAGUGACAAGAUAAUUGUCUUCUCCGAUAAUGUGUUUGCACUAAAGCACUAUGCCAUCAAGAUGAAUCGCCCUUACAUCUACGGCCCUACGUCCCAGCAAGAACGAAUGCAGAUUCUGCAGAACUUCAAGUACAAUCCCAAAGUGAACACCAUUUUUGUAUCAAAAGUUGCCGACACUUCUUUUGACCUUCCUGAAGCGAAUGUGCUCAUUCAAAUUUCCGCCCACGGUGGGUCGAGGCGACAAGAAGCCCAACGCUUGGGCCGUAUUCUACGUGCAAAGAAGGGUGCAAUUGCUGAGGAGUACAAUGCAUUCUUCUACUCGCUCGUGUCCGAGGACACAAUGGAGAUGCACUAUUCGCGGAAGAGGCAGCGUUUCCUGGUUAACCAAGGGUACAGCUACAAGGUGAUCACAAGGCUCGAAGGCAUGGAUGAGGAGGAUUUAUGCUACCGGAGCAGAGAAGAACAGACCAAUUUGCUCCAACAAGUGCUAGCUGCAAAUGAUGCUGAUGCCGAGGAAGAGAGGGCCAUAGGGGACAUGCCAGGCCCAAGUAGGAUGCAGGUCCAUAGGAGAGCGGGCAACAUGGGGUCCAUGUCUGGAGCUGACAGCGCCGUCUACAUGGAGUACAGAACAUCAAAGAAGGAUGCAGGGCCAAGGCAUCCACUCUUUAAGCGGUUUAGGAACUGCUAAGGCACGAAUCUCAGUCCUAGGUUUUUCUACAACGCCUGUGAAUUGUACAUAUUAGGCUCCUGCCUUGAAAUGCUUUUUGCAGAAUGUAAUUUAUUUUUGUAAUUACGUAUUAAGCCAACACCAUGAAUAUUAUAUGACUGUGUACCUUUCGUUUUCGUAAAAGUUCAGAAUGUGAACCUGAACUUAUUAUUGGUCGAGAGCAGAAUAAAGUCUGAUAUAGGUUAUCA